UGUUGUUAGGGAAUGGAAUGGAUGCGUGUUGUCGCUUAUUUUUCGCCAAGUGAGACAAGACAAGACGCGAGGAAGACUCGUUGUGUCACUGUGACAGGAGAAUACAUAAGGAACAGUGGUACACAAAGAAAUCUUUCCAAGACAAUGCUUCCACAACUUAUAUUUGGUCUUCUGGACGAGCAGGAAAUGAUUUUUAUGUAACAGUGUACGUUGCAACGCAUAAAUGGACAGACGAGCACCUGCGCACCCCAGCCUCAAUUCCUCCUAUAUCCCCGUUGGCCUUGACAACUCUACUUCAUCAGAAGAUGAGGAGAAUGAGGAUCAGACUCCUUCCUCAGUGUCCCUGGCCUUACGCUACACUCCUGAUGACCGCUAUUGUUUGGUCUACAUCAUCUUCUUCCUCAUGGGGAUCGGCUCUCUGCUGCCUUGGAACUUUUUCAUCACAGCCAAAAGCUACUGGCUUUACAAAAUGAGCAACAGCACAGAGGAGCAGCGGUCUGACCUCAGCGACUACUUUGAAAGUUACCUGACAUUUGCUUCUACGGUGCCUUCAGUACUAUGUUUGAUUCUCAACUACAUCCUUGUAAACAGGCUGUCUCCACAUGUGCGCAUCCUGUCAUCACUCUUUGUCAUCCUGCUGGUGUUUGUGGCGACCACUGUGUUGGUCAAGGUUGACGUGUCCCACUGCAGGGUAGAAUUCUUCGCGGGCACACUGGCCAGCGUGGCCGUCAUCAGCGGAGCUUCUAACAUCUUCUGUGGCAGCGUGUUUGGCAUCAGUGCACACUUCCCUAUGAGGAUCUCUCAAGCCCUCAUAUCAGGUCAGGCUAUGGGAGGCACACUAAGUGCUGUCGCAUCAAUAGCAGAUCUUGCACUGUCAGAGGAUGUUACAGACAGCGCUCUGGCCUACUUCCUGACUGCAGACAUCUUCAUCCUGCUCUGCAUCUUCGCAUACUUGCUGCUCCCCAAGCUGGCCUUUUCAAGAUAUUACAUGAUGGCCGCCACGUUCACCAUUCCAGGAGAGAGGAGUGCAGGAGAAGGAGGAGCAGCACCCUCCCAAACGCCUCCUUUGAGACCCAUUCUCAAGAAGACCUGGGUUCUAGGCCUGAGUGUCUUCUGUGUGUUCUGUGUGACCAUCGUGGUGUUCCCCGCGGUGUUGUCCGGCAUCCAGUCCGUUAACAAGGACAGCGGGAGCCCCUGGACCAACACAUACUUUGUGCCCCUCGCCGGCUUCCUCCUUUACAACGUUGCCGACUUCUGCGGCAGGCAGUCCACCGCCUGGCUGCAGGUGCCGGGCCCCACCAGCCGACUUCUGCCUGCGCUGGUUGUGUGCCGGUCAGUCUUAGUGCCGCUCAUCAUCUUCUGUAACUACCAGCCCAGGGACCACCUCCACACUGUGCUCUUCACUCACGAUGUGUAUCCUGUUGUUUUCAACUGCCUGUUAGGCUUCUCUAACGGCUACUUGGGGACUCUGCCGAUGAUCUAUGGACCCAAGAUUGUGCCCCGGGAGCUGGCAGAGGCCACCGGAGUGGUCAUGUCAUUCUUCCUCACUCUGGGACUCGCUGGCGGAUCUGCUCUGUCUCUCGUUAUUGUGCACGCUAUCUGAUUAUGUAUGCAUGGUUUUGGCUCCUAAGGAAUGUUGCAAUAUACAGUAUCUCUCACUAAAGUGUGGACCGAAUCAGCCCUGUCGCAAAUAGUGAAAAUCCAUGAGUAAUUGACACCCACCAUAAGGCAGUUUAUAAUUGUCUAUAGAUCCCAUAAGAUGGUGGCAGAACACAACUUUUGUCCAAGUGGAGCUCCUCAACUAACUUAAGCAUAGUAUCUUGACACCAAAAUGACACAAGAUGGCGGCAAAGCAAUAAUUUGAUUCCUUUGGCCUAAGCACGAAAACAGCAAAUAGGUAGAGGAUAGGUUAAAAAAUCUGCAAAUGCCAAACCACAAGUUUUCUAUACAGCACUCAGAUUUUUGUAAAUAUUUUAUCUUUUUUACACAAAAACACUGAAGAAAUGAGACUCAAUGCAAAGUGUUCAGUGUAACAGUGUAACUUUACUGACCCUGAGAAAUUACUCAGCACGCAGCCAUGGUUGUCUAAAACGCUGGUAACAAGUGAAAAUGUGCAAGUUGGACCCAACUGGUCAUGUGAUUUGUUCGUGUUACAAGAGCUCAGGUAUCAAUGAGGAGCAGUUGUGUUAAAUUUGUUGCGGUCUCACAUUGGUUACUGGAAAGAACUCAUGGCAAAAAACUGAGGAUCUUAAAAAAGCACCAAAUUGAACACGUCUGCGCCUCAUUUACACCCGAGACAUUGGAACACUAAAAAGUCAGGGGAAAAUGGCUAAUUGCAUCCAAUUUGCACAAUUUCACUUAUGGGUGUGCUCACUUUGGUUGCCAGUGGUUUAGACAAAAGCUGUAUGUGUUGAGUUAUUUUGAAGGGACAGGAAAUGUACACUGCAAUACAGCUAUACACUGACUCCUUUACAUUGUAGUAGGAUGUCAUUUCUUCAGUGUUGUCCCAUGAAAAGAGUUUUGAGAUACUGGAAAUUUCACAGAGGGAAAGUACGUAUACAUUUGUGACAUCAACGCUUGCCAGAGUUUUGAUACCUGGGAAAAAAAAAAAAAGAAAUUGUAUGAGGACAAUUUUAAGAAGACAAGGACAAUUUCCACAUUUUAUACACCAAGCAGUCACAACAUUAUGACCUCUUGCACAAUAAAAGGCUUUUGGUGGGUAUUGAUUUAACAGUGUCCUCAUUGUUGUGGUUUUAGUUUACAGUGGUGUACAACUGUACCGUUUCAUACUGAGAGCUGGUUCUAAUAUUUUUGACUCAAGUAACUGAUAGGGGUAACCAAAAUAUUAGACACAGCUCUCAUUACAAUGCUGUACAAUUAUACACUGCAACCCACAUCCAAAAUAAUACUAAACAUAUUGUGAAAUGAAUACCUCUCUGAGGAACGUGUCAAAUGAAACAGAACAGUGUCUUUGUGAAGGCAAAAUAUUUGAUCCAGCUCUUGUAUUGGAUAUUAAAUUGUGCUGUGGUUAGAAUGUUGUGGCUAGUCAUUUACAUGUUGGAAAGAGGGCUUACACUCAAGCCAUCUGACCUCAUGUAAUCAGGCUAUUAAAGAAGAUGUCUUUACUUUAAAGGAAAAAUACAUCUUACGCUUACUGUGACAGAUGAGUUAUUUUUUUUAAAGACUUUUUUUCUGUCAUCUUCAUCUCAAAUAAUAUAGUUUUACAAUAAAUGUUUGAAAAA